AUGCUUUCUUUCUUUCUUUCUUUCUUUCUUUCUUUCUUUCUUUCUUUCUUUCUUUCUUUCUUUCUUUCUUUUCUUUCUUUUCAUUAUAACAAUCCUUUCUGUCCAAAAUCUUUGGUAAUUCAUGCUAAUGUUCAUAUGUUAAUGUCUUCUGUAUCACUUGAAUUUCUUUCUUUCUUUCUUUCUUUCUUUCUUUCUUUCUUUCUUUCUUUCUUUUUUUCUUUUCAUUAUAACAAUCAUUCUUUCUUUCUUUCAAAGUCUUUGUCUUUGGUAAUUCAUGCUAAUGUUCAUAUGUUAAUGUCUUCUGUAUCCUUGAAUUUCUUUUUUCUUUCUUUCUUUCUUUUUUCUUUUCAUUAUAACAAUCAUUCUGUCCAAAAGUCUCUGGUAAUUCAUGCUAAUGUUCAUAUGUCUUCUGUUUCUUUCUUUCUUUCUUUCUUGAAUUUCAUUCUGUUUCUUUCUGCUUUCUCUUCUUUUCUUUCUUUCUUUCUUUCUUUCUUUCUUUCAUUAUAA